AUAUGUUGUGUUCAUGUCUGUGGUACAUAGCACCCCCCCUUUUCUACCAUGCGGAAGGCUUAUGAAUCAUGAAUCAAAAGAUACAUUUGCUAUUGAUGAUACUUGUAACAUGCAUGGUAUUUUCAUUUUCAUUUGCUGGUUGCAACAAGAUAGUGAUUGGAUUUUGAACAACCACUUCUAGAAGUAGUUCCUUAUUAAAUUUGUCAUGAGAAUUUCUAAAUGAAUUUUGAACAGAUUGUAGCAUUCCUAGGUGUUCUGGUCUACAAGUUCUAUGGAGAGGAACUAAGAGAGAUGUUUGGUUAUGAGGAACACCCAUAUGGGUUCUACACAAUGGCCGUUUUAGCAAUCGUUCUGGUGGGAUUGCUCUAUGGUUUCUUUAUAGCAAUAAUUUGUGGACAAAGGAUCAACGAGCGUCACUACCAUGUUUUGGCGAAACAAGAAUUGACAAAGGGCCAAUGCUUUGUCAAGCAAUAACAGCUUCAUGAAAGAAGACUCGCACUUCAAAUGCAGCCUGAAGACACGCUUAUCUCCAAGUGAACAUUCAUACAACCAACCAAUUACUUCAUUGCUUGUCCAUGAGAGCAAGGCGCUAGUGUCAUGCAUUGGAUUCACAAGAUCUGAACCUGUGAUAGAAAUAGAAUAAACUGGAAAGUCUAGGGAAAUAAAUGGAACAAAGGAAAAUAGAAGGAAGAAAAGGUUUAUUAGAUUGAAAUGGAAUCCAAUAACCUCACUUGUUCUAAUUAGGGGUGUUCGCGGACCGGGUUGGGUUAUCUGGCCUCUCGUCCGCCAUUCGUCCGAACUUAGGUGGAUUGGAAAAAAAAUUCACAUCCGUUAGUUUAAUUAGUGGAUACGGUUUGAGUGGGCUGUGUAGGUUGACGAGGUGGAUGCAGAUUGAUUUGGCGGUCUGGGCUUUACUUUUUUAAGCCUUUUUUCGAACUAUUUUCAAGCGAUUCUUUACUAUUUUGCGCCCAAAAUUUUUGAUUGUUUAUUUUUUAUAAUAAAAAUAAAGACUCAAUUUUCAUAUUUCAUAAAUGGCAAAUAUAAUUACUAAAUAAAAGAUCAUUUUUUUGACACACAAAGCAUAAAAGCAUAACUUCAUUUUUGUAGUAGUGUUG